UGUACUGAUGAUAUGUGGAUGGUAGAAAAAAGUAACAAUAUAUAUAACAUUAAUCGUGUUAAACCUAUACUAAUAGUUUUAGAAAAGCCAAAAGCUUAGGAGUAGUAAUAUCAAGAUAGUGAGAUGGAAAAUCUGUGGAGGAGUGGCAUCUUGAACAAACAAGACAGAACCAAUCGAGAAGAAAGGGUGGUCCAGCUGAUGUUUGUCUUUUUACCCACCCUGAAAGGAUGCUGGAGUCGCGUUGGUGGAUAUCCUGUACUUCACGUGUCCUUCCAAUCGGCUUACUUGAACUGAUAAAUGAAAUCAUGUUGAAGUAAAAUUCAUUUGAACACUCUUCAGUUUGCGAUUCAUCGUGUAACACUUUAUAGUUCAUUGGUUGCUAAAAUUUGAUAUUAUUGUUUUUAUUAUUUACUACUAACAAUAAUUAAGUUGAAUAAGAGUAAUAAAAAUAAAUGAGAUUUAAAGGAAAAUAUGUUAAAAAGAAAACCAACAGUAACCGAUCUUGAAGAUGAUGAUGGAAAACAAAGACGACCAAGGUGUGCUCGUUGCAGAAAUCAUGGACUCAUUGCUCGUUUGAGGGGACAUAAAAGAGAAUGUCAGUAUCGAGAGUGUCUUUGCCCCAAAUGCUCUCUGAUUGCUGAAAGACAAAGAGUCAUGGCUGCUCAGGUUGCACUUAAAAGACAACAAGCUGCUGAAGAUGCUUUGGCACUUAAUAUGAGUAAAUCUACAUCAAAAUCAGAGAUAGAUUAUUUAUCGGAGCAAAAUCAUAAAAUCAACACUCAAUCUGACAUUCCAAAUAUUCUAAUUCAAUCUGAAAAUUCUGAUAUUAACAAUAGUAAUUUAACUAACAAUAAAAGAAAGAAAAUAACUUUACCAAAUUCUAUAAGUUUAACAAAAGAUGAUGAUAACUCUUCUGAAAUAAGUCUCCCUUCAACUUCAGAAUGGAGUAGAAAAAAACCAAAUAAUCAUUUAAAUAUAAAGGAUACUUCAACAAUUAUUCAAACUUCAAUAGAAACUCUUGUAAAGCUUUUUCCAAACAUUAAAUUAUCAAUACUCCAAUUAGUAUUCCAACGAUGUGGCCAGGAUUUAAUUAAAACUAUUGAAUACUUUACUAAUGACAGUACUAAAAGUGGAUUUCCAUCAGCAUUUCGACCAUUUUCUACAUUAUCUCAAUCAUCAUCAUUUAAUUCUGAGUAUUUUAAUGUCUUUUCAUUACCAUCAGUUUAUUCGAAAAAUUUUUAUAACGACAGAUAUUGUCUUUUUAAUAUAGUGCCAGAUCAACUGUCACAUAAUAUUGGAUCGAGUGAUUUAUUUAAUAGUAGCAAUAGUAGUAAUAGUAGUAAUCAUGAACAAAAUAAUGUUCUUAAUACUCAAUAUAGUCAUUAUUUAAAUACUAGUAUUCAACAGCAACAACAAUAUUCACUACGAGAACAUUCUUUGAGAUCAGGACUCUUUCAUUUGCCUCCAAUUAUUCCGGGAGUGUCUUGUGUGCAACCUGACUGUAUUCAAUGCUACAAGUUUCUAUAAUUGAUCGUUCAAAUAAUGAAUUUAACAUAAAAGUGUAGUGUUCUUGUAAUCAAGUAUUAUAAUAAGAUAAUUCACAAUGAAAACUGGACAAUAUUUAUUCGUGGAGUAUUUGAUUUUUAUUUUGUCUUGUUGGAUUAUCUACUAUCACUCGUAAAUCUAGUAAAGUUAACAAUAAAAAAUUGAAUUAGGAAAAUUCAAUUGAAAGCAAGAAGAGAAUCGAACAUUGUAUUGCCGGAAGAUAGAAAAAACUCUGCUUACUUUGGGUUUAGUUUUUCGGCAGAAGAAAAUACCUUCAAUGUAAUGCUUGAGGGCAUUUUGGUCUAUUCUCGUGUUUGGAAUUAUUAAACAUACGUGAAA